GUAAGAGAAGGGACGAUAAAAAAGGAGGGAGAGACGAAAUGAGUGAGUAAGCGAGUGAUAAAAAUAAGAGAGAGAAAGCAAGAGAACAAUAAUGGAAUGAAGUUGAAUAACCAGCUAAACUAUUGAUGCCCCAAGUGCCUUUUCACUAGUUCUUUUGGUGUGUAGUGAAUUUUAUUUAAUUUAUAUUGACAAACGAUUUUUAAAUUAUAUACAGAAAAUGUCGUCAAGUGGAUGGGAACUUGUAACUAAAAAUAAAAAAGAUAAAAAUUCUGGUAAAAGUAACAAACUUACUAAAGUUGAAAAGAAAAAAUUUAUUGAAAAUGCACCGAAAGUUGAGGAUUUUCUUCCAUUAAGUCAAGUUCAAACUUUGUAUGACAAUUUUAAUGGGAAUAAGGAGAACAAAAUGCCAAAAGAUAAAGACAAUAAGACUAAAGAAAAUGAAGAGAAAAAAAAACAACAGAAAUUAAAUGUACAAGCUGAUGGUAAAAAAAAAAUACAGCAACAAAAACCCAAGGAAAAAAGUAAACCAGUUGAAAAAAGUGCUAUUACUGUGGACCAAAUAAAUGAAUUAAUAGAAACAAAUCGUGUUAAAUUUCCUGACGCACCACUAAUCUGGUUAAAAGAUUUAGUGUCAUAUUUGAAUGCCAAUAUUUCAGAAAAAGAAGAAAUAACGCCUGCGACAAAACCUGAUACUUAUCCAUUAAGUUUAGUAACAAAAGCAGUGCGUAGUUCAUUUGAAAAAGUAAUUAAAUCGGCAGGUAUUCAAACAGCACAACUUUUUUAUGAAAACACGUUACUAUUAAUGGCAAAAAAUAUGGCAUUUGGAUCAUCGGAUAUUGGUUGUAAAAUAUUUAUUCAAUUAUUGGGAAAUAUGUACCCCGAUAUGACCUGUAGCAAUAUUGAAAAAUUAACAAGUCUUCGUAAUUCAUAUCAAAAUAAAAAGUCUAUUGGUCUGGCAAUACUGUGGGCACUGUCACAGGGCGGUAAAAAAAAUUUAACUGUUGGUUUAACUCUGUGGCAUGAAGUCAUGGCUUCGAUGUUGGAAUCGAGAAAUUACGCUUAUCAUGUUACUAAAAUAUUAAAAGAAUUAUUUAAUAUACAUAGUAAAAAUAUAAGUAAUAAUUUGACUGCUGAUAUGUAUUUGAAUAUUGUCGAUGAUUUUUGUUCUGGUAAAAUAAAUAUUCAUGCAUCGCUAAGUAAAGAAAUUAGUAAUUGUUUACAAUUAUUACGGGAUACUAUAAUUCAUAGUGAUAAAAUAGACGUUAAAUCAUUGUUCGAACACACAAUAGAUAGAAUAAAUACUAAAACAAAUCCUCUUCACAAGGAAGAGUUGUUAAGGAUACUUGCACUUUGCAUAGCUAAAGACAAUCGCAGUUUAUCAUUAUGGAAUAAAAUUCAUUUAAAACGUCUCUAUCAAUCAGAAUUGCUCAUCAAGCAGCUCACGGACGAUUGGGAAUCAAUUCGUUCCGAUGUGGAUGCUAAAUUGCUUAAGGAAACUCUUGGCGUCUUCCAAAUAGUCGAAGUCAAGCCGAAAAAAAAUAAAGAAGACUUACUAAUGUUAGCUUGUCAAAAAAAAUCCGAGGAUUUAAUUAAAAAAAUGUCAGCAAGUGCUAAAAAAAGUCGAUCAUUUCCAUGGAAAAAAGGAUCAUUCAUUCUUCUGAUACUUAUUGGAGCAGUUGUGGCAUUUGACUGCAGAAAACAUGGAUCCUUUGAAGCAUCGGCUACUGGGAGACUUAUGAGAACAACUGGUGUAAUUGGUUAUGGACAGAAUGCGUGGUCAACGACAAAAAGUUACUCCAAUCAAGGCUUAGCUUAUUUGGAAGCCAGUUUUCCGGAUUACUACAAGACAGCUUCGACUUACGGGCAACAGUAUGCUAAGUUAGCUGGUGAUUUUUAUAUUGUCGGUAGAAACCUUGCUUUCAAAUUAUAUAACAACACUGCAGAGUUUGUUGAUAAAAAGAAGCCUAUUGUGGUUGACAGCAUUGAACAGUAUUUCCCUGGUUGGCUUGACACCAUUCAAAAGUUUGGAGCUAAACAAUUUGAAUUAACGAAAAAGUAUUCCGCUGACGCAUCUGAUUUUAUUGUCAAACAAUCAACGACUUUUAUCAGAUGGCUUGAGACUAGUGUUUUUGUAGGUAAAAUGAGCCCAGAAAAUAUUCGCGGAUACGCGACAGAAGCUGUCAAAUCAACUCAAGCAUUCGCAAGUCAAACAUAUGAUUGGGUAUACGAAAAAGUCCAAACGCUAUCAAAAGUCCAAUAGAAAAACUAGAAGAAUUAUAAAAUUUUACGGUGUUUCUUUUUUUUUUUGAAGGACUACUGAAAAGAUUCGACGGUGUCAAACAUUUUCGUCGACUAACAAAAUUAAAUAAGUAAAACAAAAAACAAUUAAAUUCCCUCAUAAUAUUCCAGCAUUUAUUUAACAUAAAAAUAAAUAAUUUAGAAUACCGGUACAAGGAGGCUGCAUAGUUUCGAGAGAUCGCGACCGCCAUUCUACCUGUGAUAUUUCGAAAAAAAGAAACUUUUGUAUAAAUUAUCUCGCGUAUUAUUUCAUAAAUUUUUCUUUUGCUACUCCCUUAUAUUACGACAAAUUAAUAUUAAAUAUAUAUGAUAAAAAAAUAAUAAAAACGGGUCUGACUUUA